GUUCUGUACCGUGCGGGUAUGGUAACUGGCUAACACGUCAUUAUUGGAAGUGCGCGGUACGCGACCAUUGAACCAUUUACGCGCAGCGGCGGACUUUUUGUUCUCUGCGCAGCCACUCCAACUUGAACCGAUCUACAACGACACCGCACUUUCGCAAGCAUGGGUAUCAAAGGACUUUACCAUGUCAUCGCCGACGAGGCACCAGAUGCGAUCAAGAAUGGUGAGAUCAAGAACCACUUUGGCAGGAAGGUCGCAAUUGAUGCGUCGAUGAGCAUAUACAGUUUCCUGAUAGCAGUUCGCUCGGAUGGCCAGCAACUCAUGUCAGAUACUGGCGAAACCACCUCACACCUGAUGGGCAUGUUCUACCGGACUCUGCGCAUGGUCGACAACGGCCUCAAGCCUUUAUACGUCUUUGACGGAGCGCCGCCCAAGCUAAAGUCUGGCGAACUUGCGAAGCGAUUUGCCCGGAAGAACGAAGCGAAUGAACAACAUGAAGAGGCGAAAGAGACUGGCACCGCAGAAGAAGUGGAGAAGUUCUCACGAAGAACCGUGAGAGUGACCAGAGAACACAACGAGGAAUGCAGAAAACUACUCAAGUUGAUGGGCAUACCGUUCAUCGUCGCACCCACGGAGGCAGAAGCACAAUGCGCGGUUUUGGCCCGGGCGGGCAAGGUGUAUGCAGCCGCAUCCGAGGACAUGGACACGUUGACCUUCAAUUCGCCAAUCUUGUUGCGACAUCUGACGUUCAGUGAACAACGCAAGGAGCCCAUCCAAGAAAUCCACCUCGACAAGACAUUGGAGGGCUUGAACAUGGACCGAAACCAGUUCAUCGACCUUUGUAUUUUACUCGGAUGCGACUACGUGGACCCAAUCCCCAAGGUUGGCCCGAAUACGGCGUUGAAGUUGAUUCGGGAACACGGCUCAUUGGAGAAGGUUGUGGAGUUCAUGGAAAAUGACUCGAAGAAGAGAUACACCAUUCCUGACGAUUGGCCAUACAAGGAAGCGAGAGAGCUAUUCCACCACCCGGAUGUGCGAUCUGCCGAGGAUCCCGAGUGUGACUUCAAGUGGGAAGCACCUGACGUGGAGGGCCUUGUGCAAUUUCUGGUCAACGACAAAGGCUUCAACGAGGACCGGGUUCGGAGUGGCGCACAAAAACUGCAGAAGAAUGUCAAGACGGCGCAACAGUCUCGGCUCGAAGGGUUCUUCAAGGCGGUUCCCAAGACCGAAACGGAGAAAAAAGACCUGAAGCGUAAACACGACGAGAAGAUUGCUGAGGCAAAGAAGAAAAAGAAGGAGGACGCAAAGACCAAGAAAGAGUCCAAGGCGAGGACGCAUAUAUCGACAUGAUGGCCUCAUUUGUUGCAAUGGGACGGCGUCGAGGACCCGGGUGAAUUUCAAGGUCAUGUGACUGGCAGGAGAAUGAUACCAACGAGAAUAUUUCAUCGCAAGGGCGUUCGGCGGGGGAGCAUAAGGAGAGCGCAGGGAAAAGAUGGUGGUCCUCAGUUCGGGAUGAUCGGAGAGGAGAUGCCCGUUGAGGAAUAAAUGGCACGUGCCUCGCAGGUCGAGAUAGACUUGGCACUAGUGAUGCUGGAGGCUUUGCGUUUGUUCACAUGACUCGCCAUGAGCUCGAGAGGGGGCAUUCCGAAUGGUCGAGCUUGAUUCAUCGUCUGCCCAACUCUUCGCCAUCACCUUGUGGACGAAGCAUUCCUGUAACAAUAAUAGCAAAACGAUGCCCAACAAGGCAGAAUAUGAGAUACAACGUGAUCAGAACCCGAUCAAAGGCCGAUCCUCUACGACAGCAUUAGAUUUUAUCUUGGCCUACAUUGACCUGGAGA